AUGAAUGCGUUCAAAGUGCCACUGAACUUCUCUCUGAUGCUUUCAGAGCCAUCAUAUUAUUCAACCAACAAUCUUACCUUGACCAAGAAACCAGACUUGAUUUCUGGUAUACCUGAUGGAAUUACAGCUUUAAUUGCACCAAUAGUUGCAUAUUGGUCAUACUCGAUGUUUUUCCAUGUAAUUGAUGUUUACGAAUUGGCAGAGAAAUAUAGAAUUCACCCUAGUGAAGAUGAAUUGAAGAGAAACAAAGUCACUUUACACGAAGUUGUUAGAGAUGUCAUAUUACAACAUAUCAUUCAAACUAUUGUUGGUCUUGUUGUUUUCUACUUUGACCCCACUCCAAUGACGGGGUAUGAAUAUUAUACAAUGUGGCAACUUAAACACCACUACUUGCCCAGUUUUGUACCAGACGUGGUGGUAUACUAUGGAUACAUGUAUGGAUGGUCACUUUUAAGGUUGUGUAUUGCAAUUACAAUUAUUGAUACUUGGCAAUUUUGGCUUCAUCGUCUCAUGCAUGUGAACAAGACUUUGUACAGACGGUUCCACUCGCGUCAUCAUAGAUUAUAUGUGCCAUAUGCAUUUGGGGCCUUGUACAAUGAUCCACUUGAAGGGUUUUUGUUGGAUACUUUGGGAACUGGUGUUGCAUCGUUGACAACUGGGUUAAGUCCUAGAGAAUGUAUUAUUUUGUAUACGUUUGCUACAUUGAAAACCGUUGAUGAUCAUUGUGGGUAUAAAUUACCAUGGGAUAUUUUUCAAAUAAUAUUUCCAAAUAACUCAGUCUACCAUGACAUUCAUCACCAAAUUUGGGGUAUCAAAAACAAUUUUUCUCAACCAUUUUUCACCUUCUGGGAUUCAUUAAAUAAGACACAAUAUCAGUUUGUUGAAGAGUACAAAGAAUUGCAGAACCACAUUACUUUGGAGAAAUACAAGGAGUUUUUGGCCAAGAAACAAAGAAAAGGUCCUGCAAGUAAGCAAGAGAAGGAGAAUUAUUGUGAGGAAAUUGAGCUAACGAAGGAGACAGUUGAGGAGAAUAAAAAGACCAUUUGA